CAGAGCAUUAACUUCAGCUUUCCUACAACAUGCCACCAAGACAUGGCCGGCUGCUAUCGCCGCAGGCCAGGCAGGAGAAAGAGGAAGAGCUUCGAACUUUUCUGCGUCGCGCUCAGGAGGUCUCUGAAGAACUGAUGAGAUCCUUCUGGAGAUCUUCAUCUUGCACAUCUCAAAAUGAAUGGCAGAGCACGAUCCAUGGUCACCAAUUAACCACAAUGUUUCAGACGCAAUGCGGACUGCCAAUGAUGACCAUGGCUGGAUGACUAUUUCCUGGGUCUGCAGGUGUUGGCGGGUAAUUGUGCUGAAUGCACCGGUGCUGUGGACAAAGAUCCGUGUAACAGACCCGAUAGAUUCAGUCAAGGCAUACCUCGAACGCUCCCAGGAAGCACCGCUUUCCAUCCUUGGCAGACUUCAAUUUCACCGCGAAGACAAGGUCAAGUGCAUAGCUAGCCCCCACACAUGGUCCCUUGGAUGGCGUGGAUAA